AAAGCUGAGAUGGAUGCAGCAGCCAUCUCGCAGGGCUUCCUUUUUUAAGAAUCAGUGUGAAGAAAUGGAGCCGAACCACGUUAUUUUAGGGAGGCCUUACCGCACUGCCCCUCCCACAUGUAGGUAGUGUCUGGUGUGUUUGCGUGCCACUCAUUGGUCUCAUGGAGAGGCGCUGGCUGCACCUGGGGCUCCGAUCGCUGCUGCAGCCUGGAGUAACGGACACUUGGCGGCACCGUGACCGAAGUGAGGCAAGGGAGAGCUGCAAGCUGCGAACAAAACCCCCUGUUGCGGGUGGAGUCUGGGACUCGUGACUCCUCAAAAGGGCGGGGCCCCAGCCAUGAUGGACCGGGUGCCAGAAGAGGAGAAGGAGGGAGCCUAGACUGUCAGCUCUGAAGCGGACACGGCCGCUGCUUUUGUGCGCCGUGAUUCUCAGGGCGCCCAGCAUCAAGCGACCUCUUUGGCCUCGGUUCCGUGGCUCUACCCCGCAAGGCGGAAGUUCCGUGUGCGACAAUAGAAGUCGGGAGGUGGGAGCAAACCCCUUAAUGGCACAACAGCGACAGUCUGGAGGUGGAGGGCAGCUGCUAAGUGCUGACCAGUCCCUUCCCCGGCCCCCUCGCCUGAAGCUUGCGCCCUCUGCACCGUCAAACCUGUGGAGCUGCUGCCGUCAACUCUGUGGAGCCAUCCACUGUCGGACCUGGUACGAGAGACCUCCGGCUGUUCCGUGGGAGUGGCCACUGGACUGUACCAGGCAGACGAGGCAGAACAGCAUGCUAAGCUGCAGCAAAGUGGGACAAGCACGAGAAGAUCAUUUAGGAGGAGAAGCAGUGCCUCUUCAUGCCCCUGGGUUCUGGGCCAUCGUGGCCCCCGGGCCUCAGCCUCGAGUGCGAGCAGCAGCAGUAGCUGCAGCAGUGCUAGUCUCUCGGCCUCGCCUGCACCGUGUGGCCUGCAAAGCCUUCUCCAGCCCCUCCCCAGCUGGCAGACAGGGCUCUCCUGGACCCCUUGCCUCUGUGACUAGCAGCUGCCCAGGAAUUUUCCUGGAGUACCGAGACUGGAGGGUCCAGGUGAAGGUGCCUGCUGCAGACGGACACGAGGCACAUCUAGGUGAAGAUGACUUUGCAAUCAAGACUUUCCCUGUGCUAGCAGAGCCUCAUAAGAUUUGGAUACAAGAAACCUCAGCUGAGCCUUCUGAAGAUUGAUUACCAAGACUAAGCUAAAUGACCUUCAAUGUCUGUGAUCUGGUCAUGGGAGUUGCUGUGUGCUCAAGUCUCCACCCUUGUUCCUAAGGGAGGUGGUUUUCAAACACUGGGCUGCCUCACUCUCCUUCUCAAAAUUAGUUGUUCCUGACUUCUAACACCAAAUACUGGUUUUACAAUUUAUCAAUGAAUUUGUUAUCCAACUUAUUUUGAAAUAAUUUUUAACUUAAAUUUGCAAAAAUGGGACAAAGAAUUUUCAUAUAUCCUUCACCCAGAAUCUUCAGUCUUCAUAUUUUGCCACAUUUAUUUCA